UACAACACUUCCGGUGAAAUAUCUUGAUUCGCGAUGCCUCCUCUCGCUGAUGGCGUGCCUCCACCGACGGAUGGAGCAACCAUGGAGCAACAGAUUGUCCAAGAGCUCACCUGGGCCAGGACCAGGCCGCAGGAAGUGAUCGCGGAACUCAAGGAGCGGCUGAAGCACUACCGGGGCAAGGACUACUACCCGCCAGAGCGGGGCGGAGCCUGCGUCGUGACCAAAGAAGGUGCUGCAGUGGUCCAGGAAGCCAUCGACUAUGUGAAAAGCUUAGAUGCCAUGGAGGGCGUGGGCUCGGUGUCCGUGCAGGGCUUGGCGCUGGCGGCGGAAGAUCACGUCAGCGAUAUCGGACAGACGGGAACUGCCUCCCACAGCUCGUCAGAUGGAACCACUGCUGCCGAGCGUGCUAGGCGCUAUGGCCAGUUCGAGCUCUUUGGAGAAUGUCUUUGGUAUGGAUCCACUUCCGCCGACGCCCGCACUGUGGUCUUGGACCUCAUCGUGGACGAUGGCGUACCGAGUCGAGGCCACCGGAAGGGCGUGCUUGACCCGCGCUACGACAUGGUGGGUGUGGCCUUUGGUCCUCACGUGACCUUUGGGCAGAUGGCGGCGAUGGAGUUCGCCAAGACCUGGGUUGUGGACGCCGAGCUGGUGAGCGCCCGCGUGAAGAGCGGCCCCGUGAAGAUGAGCGCGGAGGCCAUCGCCGCAGCGAAGAAGUCCGCCGAGACGGCCUGGAGCUUGGGUCAGUGUCCCCUGUGCCGCGAGAGUAUCAAAGGCGGCAAGGU